AUGGGGAGCGUUGAAGGAGGGAAGCUCAGAUUCUGCAUCGACAGAGGGGGCACAUUCACUGACGUCUAUGCCGAAAUUCCCGGUAGACCCGAGGGCCGAGUCAUGAAACUGUUAUCUGUAGAUCCUGCUAAUUACGACGAUGCGCCGGUAGAAGGAAUCAGACGGAUUUUGGAAGAAUUCACCGGAGAAGAGAUCCCCCGAAAUUCAAAAGUCCCCACUGAUAAGAUCGAGUGGGUGAGGAUGGGAACGACUGUUGCUACUAAUGCCCUGUUAGAAAGAAAAGGAGAAAAAAUCGCACUCUGCGUGACCAAGGGCUUCAAAGACCUUCUCCAAAUCGGCAACCAGGCACGACCUAACAUCUUUGACCUCACCGUGUCAAAGCCCUCGAAUCUUUACGAGGAGGUCGUGGAAAUCGAUGAGAGAGUCGAGCUCGUCUUGGAAGGAGAGGAGAAAUCAGAAUCAGAAUCAGAUUCCACCUGCUCUGUAGUUCAGGGCAUCUCGGGUGAGCUUGUGAGGGUCGUGAAGCCAAUCGACGAGGAAUCUUUGAAGCCUCUGCUUAAAGGCCUUUUGGGCAAAGGCAUCAGCUGCCUAGCCGUGGUCUUACUUCAUUCCUACACAUACCCUGACCACGAAACAUCAGUCGAAAAACUCGCGACGAGUCUAGGAUUCAAACACGUCUCCAUAUCAUCCGCUCUCACCCCUAUGGUGCGUGCAGUCCCCAGGGGCUUCACGGCGUGCGUGGACGCGUAUCUAACUCCCGUCAUCAAACAAUAUUUACGAGGCUUCAUAUCCAAAUUCGACGACGGUAAAUUAAACGUGUUGUUCAUGCAGUCAGACGGAGGCUUAGCGCCAGAGAGCAGAUUCUCGGGCCACAAGGCCGUCCUGUCCGGGCCCGCCGGCGGAGUCGUCGGGUACUCGCAGACCCUUUUUGGGCUCGAGACAGAAAAGCCCCUGAUCGGGUUCGACAUGGGCGGCACGUCCACCGACGUGAGCCGUUACGCGGGGACUUACGAGCACGUCAUAGAAACUCAAAUAUCCGGCGCCAUAAUCCAAGCACCCCAGCUUGAGAUCAACACUGUAGCUGCUGGCGGUGGCUCGAAGCUGAAAUUCGAGCUUGGGGCCUUCAAGGUGGGCCCGGAGUCCGUGGGGGCCCAUCCGGGCCCGGUGUGCUACCGCAAAGGGGGCGAGCUGUCAGUAACUGAUGCGAACCUUGUCCUGGGCUACGUCAUACCGGAUCAUUUCCCGUCGAUCUUCGGCCCUAACGAGGACCAGCCGCUCGAUGUGGACGCCACCUGGGAUGAGUUCCAGAAGCUGGCGAAACAGAUUAAUGCCCACAGGAGGAGUGAGGACCCGUUGGCUAAAGACAUGACGGUGGAAGAGGUUGCGCAGGGGUUUGUGAACGUCGCGAACGAGACCAUGUGCCGUCCGAUAAGGCAGCUGACCGAGAUGAAAGGCCACGAGACGAAGAACCACGCUCUUGCCUGCUUUGGGGGUGCCGGUCCCCAGCACGCCUGUGCUAUUGCCCGUUCGCUGGGAAUGAAGGAGGUGCUCGUUCACAGGUUCUGUGGGAUUUUGAGUGCAUAUGGAAUGGGGUUAGCGGAUGUGGUAGAGGAAGAACAGGAGCCGUAUGCCGCCGUGUACGACCCGGAAUCUGUGUUGGAGGUUUCGAUUAGAGAGAAAGCUCUUUCGGCUCGUGUGAUGUCGAAGCUUCGGUCGCAAGGCUUUCGAGACGAGAAUAUUAGGAUUGAGGUGUAUUUGAAUUUGAGGUAUGAGGGAACUGAUACUGCCAUAAUGGUCAAGUGCCCCGUGAAGGAAGAAGAUGGAUCGAGGGGAGACUAUGCUGCCGAAUUCGUAAACUUGUUCCAGCAGGAGUACGGGUUUAAACUUCAAGGCAGGAAAAUCAUGAUAUGCGACGUGAGAGUACGCGGUGUUGGAGUCACCAACAUACUCAAGCCCCAGGCUCUGGAACCCGGCUCUGGAACUCCUAAAACCGAGUGCCGGUACACAGUCUACUUCAGUAACAGCUGGCACGACACGCCCCUGUACAGGCUCGAGGACUUCGGGUCCGGCCACGUCAUCCUGGGUCCCGCCGUCAUCAUGAACGGCAACAGCACCGUCAUAAUAGAACCCAAUUGCAAGGCCGAAAUCACUAAAUACGGAAACAUCAGGAUCGAGCUGGGCUCGUCGGCCCACGAAAACACCUCCGUCGAAAUAGCGAACAACACAGAAGUCGCGGACGUCGUCCAGCUUUCGAUCUUCAACCACCGCUUCAUGGGAAUAGCCGAGCAAAUGGGACGAACCCUACAACGAACUUCAAUUUCAACAAACAUAAAAGAAAGACUCGACUUCUCGUGCGCCCUCUUCGGUCCAGAUGGGGGUCUCGUCGCCAACGCCCCUCACGUGCCCGUCCACCUAGGCGCCAUGUCGAGCACCGUCCGUUGGCAGAUGAACUAUUGGGGCGAGAAUCUUAACGAGGGAGACGUGCUCGUCACGAACCACCCGUGCGCGGGUGGCAGCCACUUACCCGACAUAACCGUCAUCACGCCCGUUUUCAGCGACGGGGGAAAGCUCGUUUUCUUCGUCGCGAGCCGCGGGCACCACGCGGAGAUCGGUGGCAUCACUCCCGGAAGCAUGCCGCCGUUCUCGAAAUCCAUAUACGAAGAAGGCGCCGCCAUAAAAGCCUUCAAGCUCGUCGAGAAAGGCGUUUUCCAAGAAGAAGGCAUCAAGAAACUCCUCCUCUUCCCUUCGGCCGGCAUCCCCGGGACCCGCCGGCUUCAGGACAACCUAUCCGACCUCCACGCGCAAAUUGCCGCUAACCAAAGAGGAAUCUCCCUUAUAAAAGAGCUCAUCGAGCAGUACGGGUUGUCGACCGUCCAGGCUUACAUGCGGCACGUCCAGGUCAACGCGGAGCGCGCAGUCCGCGAAAUGCUGAAAUCGGUGGCCGACAGGAUCUCACCAGGUGGCGCCGGCAGCGCCCAUGUUGUCGUCGUCGAGCACGAGGAUUUCAUGGAUGACGGGUCGCCCAUCCGUUUGAAGCUAACGAUCGAUCGGGAGAAAGGGGAAGCGUCGUUCGAUUUCUCCGGGACGGGCCCGGAGGUGUACGGCAACUGGAAUGCUCCCGAGGCGGUGACAUCAGCAGCCGUCAUAUACUGCAUGCGUUGUUUGGUGGACGCGGAUAUACCGUUGAACCAGGGUUGUUUAGCUCCGGUCGAAAUCCGGGUCCCGCGCGGAAGUAUUUUGUCUCCGAGCGAUGGGGCGGCGGUUGUCGGGGGGAAUGUGCUGACGUCACAGAGGGUGACGGAUGUUGUGCUGGCGGCUUUGGGGGCUUGCGCGUGCUCGCAGGGGGCAAACGAAAUCACACUUUAUUGGGGAAAGUCGGCCACAACACAAGUCUUCGUUCCAGUAGCUAAACUGUCACCAAUUUAG